AUGGGCUACAAGAGCCGGACGAGCAGGCUGGGGACAGUGGGACGCCAGCUGACGCUGCAGAAACGACCGUGCCGCCGCGCUCACGCAAAGUUGUUUUCUGUAUCUUGGAUAACAAGAAUCAUCUACAGUAUGCCGUGGCUCUUCACUUCACUUCCUGAUACGUAUCAGAAAGCGAAAGAGCUCGCCCUCGAGCUUCUUCGGAAGUACCUCAACGUCCCGGGCGUGCUCGCAUCCGACAUAUACCUCAAAUACGGGAUCAAGCACAAGGCCCGGACAGACUGGGCGUACCUUCCGCCACGGCUCUAUACCCAAGUUGUUAGUGGGAACUGGGAGGAGCUGAGGAUCUACCAUAAGGAUGGACGGCAGGUGGACAAAGACGAGGAGGCAAAGAAGGGGCAAGCUGGGUGUGUCGUUAUUUUCAGGCUCGGAGAUACCGCUAGGACACCGCCGCGUGGGGCGGGCAGCAGGUACGCAGUUUACACAUUGCCAGAGACGUACGCGGAAGCAAAAGAGGUCGCACUGCGCGGACUCUGGCGCUUCAUGAAGAAGAAAGAUGCCACAGUGGCAGAUAUCACCCUCCGCGCGGUGGUCAAAAACCAAGAGGACGAGUGGGUCGCAGCCGUGCUCCCAAUCGGACAGGGCUGGAAGGACACCGUGAUAGAGCUUACGAGGAAGUACCAAAACCUUGAGAUACUUGUGCUUGAGCUGAAUACCUGA